AAAUUAGAAGUGAUGUUAAUUUUAUUUGUUGUUAUUUAUGCAAUAGUUAUUUAUUUUGCUUUUAUAUAUUAAGUUUUCAAACACUCUACCCAGCUGACCGUCGCGCAAUCUGGCAACCUUGUUUGUGCACUGUGAAUGACCAGAACCGCCAAGAGGAAGAAGCAGCACACUUGUCAAGUAUUUUUCACAUAUUGGAAGAGCGAUUUAAAAUCGUAGGAAUUUAGGGCAGGAUUACAUGUCUGACACUCGCAAGGAUCCCUGCAAAGCCAACGCCUGCCGCAUACAAGCCUGUCUGACCAAGAAUCACUACCAGGAGGACAAGUGCUUGGAUGUCCUGGAGGCAAUGCGCCAGUGCUGUCUAAAGUGGCAUAAGGAAUCGCUUUGCUGCAGUGGAAUCGAUCUGGAGAAGACCUACCUACCAGACGCAUCCAAGCAAAAGAACCCGACCGGCAAGUCGAACAAAUAAUGUCCACACCGCAGUAUAGGCCUCCGAAGGAAAUUCAAGACUUGCUAGA